CCGGCUCAAGCCCAGCCUCACGCAGCCACCCCCACCAGUCUUGCCCGCGUUGCCCCACGGCCUACGAGGCCGACGCCGCAAGCCCCUACCGCAACUGCAGCAAGGAUCUAAACCGGGCGAUAGCCGAUGUGAGCCGAUGCCGACAGUGCUAGCCAGACUUGCCAGCCGGCCGCGGACUCGCCCACUCGCGUCAGUCGCGCCUAGUCCUAGUUGUUGACGGGGUCUCGACCAAGCGCCAAGGAGCAGCACCACCGUUCAGCACCCUGCCUCAUCCCGCCUAGAGUCCCAGACUUCCCAGACGACCAUGGCGGACGUCCAGAGAAGCGCAGGGAAGAUCGUCGAGUUUGCGACGCUGAGUGCUGAUGUUCAAGAUCUCAUCAAAAGGGGUGUUGAUGUCCGCGAGAGGGCAUACUGCCCUUACUCCAAUUUCAAAGUCGGCUCAGCGAUAUUAUGUGAUGAUGGGUCAAUCAUUACCGGCUGCAAUGUAGAAAAUGGUGCUCAUGGCUCAAUCUGUGCUGAAAGGACUGCAGUAUGCAAGGCCGUGAGUGAAGGAAAACGAAAGUUUGUCAAGAUUGCUGUGGUGGCAGACAAGGAUCGCUUGCAUGAUGAAUUUGUUGCACCUUGUGGUUCAUGCCGCCAGUUUAUUGUAGAGUUUGGGACUCAAAUAGAAAUUCUAUUAUCACCUCCUGAUAUGAGUCAAGUUCUGAUAACUUCUAUUAAGGAAAUUCUACCCUUACAUUUCACACUUAGGGAGUAAAUUUAUGUUUCUCAAGAAUAAAUUAAAAAAUCAUUCCGUUUCACUCCAAAAAUGUCAGUACUUUUUAAAUUUUAGAUGUUUCUUUUUUUUUUUUCAAAACUUACAGGAAAUAAAUAGUUAGAAAACAAUUUGCUGUUUUUGUUUUGUUUUUUAACAAAAGUGAGAAACACUGAACUGAACAGAAACUUGAACAUGCUCUCGAAAAUUAUAAACAAUUUUAAAUCA